AUGGCAGCGCCUCCACCGGCUCUCCUAAAUGGGCCGAGCAACCAACUCAUCGACAGGAUAGCUCAACGUGAAGCGGCUCGCGACCGCUGGUUCGACCGCGACCUUGCGAGGACAGCAACGCUCACUACGAGAGCACCAGGUCCGCCAUGGGCUGCAGCACCAGCUUUUGCUGGAGUCGCACUACCACAAAUCUACGCGCCACCAGUUCCAGGCUGGAUGGCAGCGGCUACUGCAGCAGGUCGUGUCGGGUACCCGCGUAACUGCAACGACCGUGUGAACCACGCUGGAGUUCCCGGCGCACCAGACUGCGCAAGUGAGUGGAACCCGGGUGCCCUCGGUCUGCCUGCAGUUGGCCUAGGCAUCCGAUGGUUCCGCCGUACAACAUGUCGAAAUCAUGCCGCCGCUCACGGCCUUGGAUUCUGGCAAUGCCGCUACUGCAGUGACCACACCAAGCAGAUGCAGUGGCAUCUCGACAUCGAGGAUAGGAUAGAAAGUGCGCCGCAAUUCAUCUUCUCCGACGCCAAUGUGCGAGCUGGAGUUGCGCCUGUCGUGCCUGAGCCGAUUCGUAAUACUAUCAACGCAGCGGGGGCCUUGGUACCUGGCACGGCUACUACGGUGUGGAGAACUCGACUCUGUAUCGACUGCGAAUUUGUGGAGAAGCUGCUCUGUGCGGAUCGAGCUAACUAUGCUAUCGAGGCGGAUGAGCUGCAGUUACCAGGAUACAUGUUCAUGCGUGAUCAUUGUCCAGGACAAAACAAUCAGCAGCUCGGCUUCCCAUAUAGCACCUGCGUCUGCUUUGGCGACCUUGACGGCCCGUACAACAAGUCGAACUCAAAACGACGAGUGGCUUCGAAACAUGACAAUGCGCAAUGGGGCCAUAGUCCGCGCUUCGCAAGCAUUGGUCCACAAGAGAGCGGCACGCGGGAGCUUUAG